AUGUCUCCAUAUCAGCUAGUCUUCAGAAAAUCAUGCCAUUUUCCAGUUGAAUUAGAACACAAAGCAUUAUGGGCAUUGAAAGCUCUAAAUCUGGACUGGGUAAAGACUUCAAAAGAGAAAGUGGACCAGCUAAAUGAGUUGGAUGAAUUCAGGUUCAGGGCGUAUGAAAGUUUAGCUCUUUACACGGAAAAGAUGAAGAAGUGGCAUGAUUAUAGAAUCCUUAAGAAGGAGUUCAGAGUAGGAGAUUGGGUGUUACUAUAUAAUUCUCGACUCAGACUCUUUUCAGGAAAGCUCAAAUCCAAAUGGUCAGGUCCAUUUAGAGUAACACGGGUGUUCACAAAUGGUGCCAUUGAAGUCGAAUGUACAGAGGGACCUGCAUUCAGAGUGAAUGGGCAACGCUUGAAGUUGUAUUUUGGAGAAUGCCAAGGGAUUUCCUUGAAUGAAGUGGAAGAAAUUGUGCGAGGUGAAGACACCAUUGGCGGAUUGCCGAAUCUGUUCGGUUAUCCUGAUCUCGUCUGCCUUCUGGACUUUGAAAAUAGAACUAGGAUAUUAGAAUAUUAG